AUGGGAAUCACACCCCAACAGGUCGGUCAGAAGGUGGAGCUUCCGCAAAAGCAGGUCGUUGAGAUGGAUUUGGCUAAAAUAGCUAAAGAGGUGGAAGCUUUUAUCAAGGCGAGCAAGGCUGAAGCCAGCAUGAGCGGGUGUGCGAGUGUGAUUGGUAGUGCAAGCACAACAAGCAGUCAAACAACGGCGUCAGCAAAUUCUUCCCAAAAUCCAUCAGCUCGCGCUGCAGUGAUUAAGCGGGAAAUAAAAAAAAGUAAGUGA